UCUCCUCCCCGUCGGAGGCGCUCGGCCCUUGUCUCCUUCCCCAAGAUGGCGGCGGCGGAGGGAGGCGAGGCGGGAAGCGGCGGCGCGGAGUGAGGCGGCCGCGGCGCCUCCCCCCCCGUCCCCUGCCCCCGGGGCCGCGUCAAGCCGGGGCCCGCUCGGACCUUUUCCUUUAGAUGGGAACGGGGGAAGGAGCCCAGACGUGGCAACACAUUCUCAGGCUCCUGCAGGACCGCCAUGGCUUAUGAUGACUCCAAGAAGAAAGAAGAGUUCCUAGAGAGUGACCGAAGUGAUGUGGAGCUGGCUACGGUCAGGACACAGCGAGAGAAAAAACGGUCUUACAGGGAUCAGCUGCAAGAGGAGGAGAGAAUAGCAACACAGGACAGUGAGCUCUUUCCAGGCACAGAACCUCACAAAAAGAAGAAGAAGCACUCCUCCGAUGAGUACGGCUCCAGAGAUCUUUCAUCUUUGGAUCCACCAUCAAAGAAGAAGAAAAAAGCAGUUUCAAGCCCAUCCUCAGCUGAUAAAAACAUGGAUGUACUCAAGGCUAUCACCUCACCUUUGGCCACAAGCUCCAAGUCUUCAAAGAAGACAUCCGAAAAAUCAUCUUAUUCUUCCUCUGGCCAUUCUGAAAGCAAAAAGGAGCACCACAAGAAGAAAUUGAGUGGAAGCAGCGGGGAGCACUCAGUGGAUGAUGGCAGCUACCACAAAACUAAAAAAAUGAAACCUCUAUAUGUGAACACAGAGACCCUUACUCUUCGUGAACCUGAUGGCUUGAAGAUGAAGCUUAUCCUUUCACCAAAAGAGAAAAGUAGUGCUGCAGAUGAUGAUUCUUUCUCCUACUCUUCAGCACCAGCAGCUGCAAAGAAAUCUUCCAAAAAAUCAUCUCGAGAUGAGCAGGGCUCAUUCCAUCUGGGUCAUGAAGUGCAGAGCUUCCAGAAGUCAUCCCGGAAGAAGCACAAACCUCCUCCAGACUCACGUCCCCCUUCUGAGAGUUUUGGUGCCGACACAUCCGUGUUUUCGGAAGGCCAUGGGAGUGAGUAUGAGACUUCGGGUGUGGAGGCACCACCAGAAUCUGGUUCCUCUUCUGGUGGGGAGUUGGAGGCUGGAGAGCUAGUGAUAGAUGAUUCCUACCGGGAGAUCAAGAAGAAGAAGAAGUCAAAAAAAAGUAAAAAAAAAGACAAGGAGAAACACAGAGAGAAGAAACAUUCUAAAUCUAAAAAGAGUUCUGGGCACUCUUCUGUGGCAGUAGCAGAAGUAACAGUGUCACCACCACCUCCUUCCAGUACUCCCUAUGUUCUUACUCCACCUCAUCCUACUAUUUAUCACUCAGAUGGACAAAGUGAGAGGAGGAGGAAGAAGGAAGAAAAGGAGAAGGAAAAAGCUGAAAAAUGGGAAAAGCCAAAGAAGAAAAACAUGUCUGCCUAUCAAGUGUUCUGUAAGGAGUAUCGUACGAAUAUUGUGUCUGAGCACCCUAGGAUAGAUUUUGGAGACCUAAGUAAAAAGCUGGCAGAAGUGUGGAAGCAGCUCCCUGAGAAGGAUAAACUGGUCUGGAAACAGAAAGCUCAGUAUCUGCAGCACAAGCAGAAUAAAGCAGAAGCCACCACUGUGAAGCGAAAGGCAUCAUCUUCAGAUGGUGCUCCAAAAAUAAAAGCUUCUCCACCAGGAGUGAUUUCCCCUCAAAAGAAAUCCCCCACCAGCACUGUGGUGUUGCCUUCCUCACCAGCCAAAGUCCCUGAGACAGAUCCUAUAGAUGUAGCUGCACAUUUACAAUUGCUGGGCGAAUCUCUGAGCCUCAUUGGACACAGACUGCAGGAAACAGAGGGAAUGGUGGCUGUUUCAGGAAGUUUGUCAGUACUUCUGGAUUCUAUCAUCUGUGCUUUGGGCCCAUUAACAUGUCUGACCACACAACUACCUGAGUUGAAUGGCUGCCCUAAGCAAGUUUUGUCAAACACACUAGACAACAUCGCCUACAUCAUGCCUGGACUUUGAUGGGAAAAGAUCCUGGGAUUUACUCAACUUCUGUGUAACUGACCUGUGUACAUAUGCACUACACCGGCACUCCCAAAGGACUCUGUGUGUAGGGUUUUAAAUUUUUUUAACUGUACAGUAUACACAUAGGAUUGUAACUGUCUUAUUUUUUUGAAAAGUUGUGAAGUUAAGGUGAGAGAACAGAUCUUCGCCGGUGGAUGAAAUGUCAUCCUAAAAGUAUCUGUAUGAAGAAUUCAGAAAGGUUUUGAGAUACUAGCCUUAAAUUCAGAUCCUUUAGUGGGGGAAGCAGCCAGAGAAUGGACUUCUCAAUAUAAGGAGGGACACAUCACCAUGAGAGUAGUCAUAGAAACAACCCAGAGAGGUUGUUGAAUCUCCAUCCUUGAUGAUAUUCAAAUACUGAGUGAGCGGCCUUCUGUAGUUGGACUUUCUUUAGAAGCAGGGGUUGGACAAGACGACCUCCUGAUACCCUUUCCAGUGUAAAGUAUUCUUUAUAUUCUAUGGGCACGUAGAGAAGGUAAUGUAGGUUGGACCAAGAAAUAGAAUUGAACUCUUCACCUGCCCUUUUUUUUUUUUUUUUAAUUUAAAAUCCGCUUGAGGGGAAAGCUGGAGAGUUGAUCAAAGAUGCAGAGAGCUCUCCCUCUUGGUCACAUCUUCUUAACCCCCCCCUCUUUGGUCAGUAAUAACUAAAAGUUGUCAGUGUCAGCUUACUGGUCUGGUAGCUGGCGUUUGUCAUGAAGUUGAAGAUGACAGAGAAUUUAAUCUUUUCUUGUCGACUUGCAUCCAAAUCAUCAUUAGCACCGAUUUAUCAACAGACUUCAUUGGCUUGAGAGGAUGCACCUCCUGCUGAUUUUUCCAGGGCAUGGUCAGCCUGUUUUGAUGGAGAAGAGAGCGAUAGCAGAUGGGAAAAACUUGGAUCGCUUCUGCCCAUCUUGCCCCUGGUUUGUGAACAGACAACCUUGGUUUCUGAGUUUGCUGAUCCCCCAUCCCUUUCACCAGCAGUAUUGAAAGAGCCAUGGUGCUGCUGUGAGACAUUGACUAAUGACCAAUUUGAAGCAGUUGCAGCCGACCAAGGUACCUGUGAGUGGAUAGGACUGAUCCCCCUUCUUUCUAGCCACAUACUUGGUGUUUGGUUUUCCGUUCCUCUAGAAGAGGAGCUGCAGGAGAGCAUUUGAUUUUCAUAUAGGCAUUUCUGUGUCUGUAUGUAUGUGUAUGUGGUGUGCAUAUCAUAUGUAUUUAACUUUUACCGAUAUCUGUAACAGAUUUUAAUUUAUCCUGUAUAUUACUGUGUACAUAUAUAUAUAUAUAUAUACACGUAAUUUAAAAGCAAAAAUCCCUCCCUCUACCAACGGUGUGUGGAAGAUACCAAGUCUGCCUCACCACUUCCUGCAGGAAUCAGAUGUGUGUACAGUAGUAAGCAGUGGCAUUGUAUGGGGGAAAUACCAGAAAGAUUUUGGCUGUAGAAACUGGUUAUCUUGAGAAGCUAGGUAGAACAGAUGAAAUAUAAUUUGACUUCAGGAUAUUCAGCCUUAUAGCAUAACAAAUUUAGAAUGACAGAAGAGCAUUCAUUUUUCCUUCCACUUCGAAGUCUAGAUUGCCUUUUUCAGGGCAGUUGAGAUUGAACUGACCCUUUUUAUGGCUGAGCCCUAGUCUUAAAAAAUUAAAUCCUCAGGUGUGUGGGAGGAUGUUUCUCCCCAUUCCUCUUUACCGUAUUUUCCCCAGCUGUGCUCGUACAAGGUACUCUGUCUCUUACAGAGCUUUUCUCAUUUCAGUGUUAGGCUUUCUCAAUCAGUUAGCGGAAGAGGCAGAAGCUUCUCACACCACCAUCCACGUUCUCAACCCAAGCCUCAGACCAGAGCAUCCGUGUUUUCACAGUAUGUGACUAAUCCCAGCGAGCCUGGAGUUGGAGAGGGCCCAGGAGGGAGGCGGUCUGCUGCUGCUUCUCAUCCCGGCCCCUACCGAAGGAUUCUGCUGCAAGGCAACCGGCUCUUCCCAGCCCUCGGCAGCUGAGAGCUUUGGGUACACGGUAAAAAUCUGCUCUACGAGGACCGGAGGGGGAUCGGCUUCAGCUUUGUCAUCUCUACAGUGGAAAACCUUUCCUCGAAGAGCUUGAAAACCUAACCCACACCCCCCCCCCCGUCCCGUGUUUGUACGUGAGAUUUGUACACUUUGUAUCUCGUGCUGUUCAGUACCAGCGGGAAGGUUUGCCCGCGCCUCGCCGCUUUUAUACUUUUGUGCUCCCGUUCCCAACGGCCCCUUUUUGUACCGUUCCGACAAUAUAUUUUUGUUACACA